CAUGCGCGGCGGCAGCGGGAGGCGGUGUCCAUGGCCCCCGGCCCGGCGUUGCCAUGGUGACGCCGCCGCGCCGCCGGGCAGCCAUGGAGGUGGGGGGCGGCCGCUACAGCGGGGACACCGUGCGCGGCAGGAUGGAGGGACAGGGCACCUACAGGCUGCCGACAGGCACCGAGUACCGGGGGGCUCUGAAGGACGGGAUGUUUGACGGCGAAGGAGAGCUGCUCUUCCCCAACGGAGGCAGAUACCGGGCAGUUUGGCACCGUGGGGUGCCCAUGCAGGGGAAAUACACUUUUGCAGAUGGUCUCGAAUACAAAGAUAAAAAAUGGCAUUACUGCGAUGGCUACGACAGACGAUUUUACACAGAAAUCUGUUCUGGUCUGAAACCAGCAGGCAUUUCUCAGCUUACAAAUCUGGAUCCUCCCAGAAAAAUCCCAGAAGGUUGUUACGACUGUGGUGAUGGAUUCUAUAAUCCUGAAACUAGAGUGAUUGUUGACUACGAGCUCAGAUUUCUGAGAAAUGCAGAUGAUGAUGAGCAUGAAUGGAUCAUUCAGACCUGCCGGAAAGCUUGGGAUGAAACAACUGAUCAGAAAGCAAAACCAUGACACCCAUUUUUUUCCCCUAGACAACAAUAUUCCAAAAUCCUAGCCGUACUUGGAUACCUCACUAAACGCGAGUGAAAAGCCUUGCACUGGCUAUCUGCAUCGGAUUUUGUCUGCUAAAGGUCUUGUAAAUAGCAACUGGGAAAGUUCAGUACGUGGAGUCUGCAUUGCUGCACCAGAACCCAUUUGGCAAUUACUGAAUAAACUAAGAAAAUGAGAAUGAUUUUCAUUUUAUUUUUUUUUUUAAUCUACAGACAGGAGAUGAAUGCAAAUGACCUGAGAUAAGGUUUGGUUCAGUGGCAACAGUCAGUGUGAAAUAUGUUGUGAAACAAUGUAUUGAAUAAAUUAGAGAAUUUCUUACA